AUGUUUGAGGUGAAUGAGAACUACACGCGUGUGUCAGAGUUUGUGAUCGUGGGCUUCCCAGGGCUCCAUCCAUCCUUCUACCAGCUGGUGGCCUGGUUCUUCUUCUUCAUCUAUGUGACCACGGUGGUGGGGAACAUCCUGCUGGUGGUGCUGUUUGCCCUGGAGCGCAGCCUGCAGAAACCCAUGUACAUCAUCAUGCUCAGCCUGUCCCUCUCUGACAUCAGACAGUAAUGUUUUGCCACAGUGGCCCUUCCCAAAGUGAUAGCUCGGUGGUGGUGGGACGACGGGAGGAUCUCCUUCCAUACCUGUCUGUUCCAGGAACAAAUGAUCCACUACUUUGGAACGCUCAACUCUCUCAUCAUGUUGACCAUGGCUAUGGACCGAUACCUGGCUAUCUGUCACCCUCUCAGAUACCCUAUGUUGAUGACCAACCAGAUAAUGAGUGGUCUAACAGUCUUCUCCUGGAUGGCAGCCACAGUCUCACCUGCCAUCGGCACCCUAGACUUCACCAGGAAAGUAGCAUUCUGUGGUCCCAACCGAAUUCUCCAUGUCUACUGUGACGCUGUGUCCCUGACUAAACUGUCCUGCUCCGACAUGGCGGCGAUCCAGGGCAGCUCCAUUGGCGCAGCCUAUUUUGUGCUCCUCGUCCCCUUCUGCAUCAUCAUCUUCUCCUAUGUCAACAUCAUCGUCACCGUGAUGCGCAUGGCUAACACACAAGGCAGGCUGAAGACCUUCUCUACCUGUGCUACUCAGGGCUGUAUCAUCCUUAUUUACUACAUCCCCCGCUUCACAGUGUACGCUACACCCUACAUCCCCAACCUGACCAUGACCCCUGACCUCCGCAUCGGCCUCACCAUUUUCUACAGCCUACUACCUAUUCUAUUCUACAGCCUGUUCCCGCCGUUGGCCAACCCGUUCAUCUAUAGCUUCAGAACCAAGGAAAUCAGAGCCAUCCUGGGGCGCUGGAGACAGGGCUGGAGGAACAGCCAGACAGAACCGAGUAAACCCAACACUGUGUCUGUUAUCACUAAAUGAAGGUGUUAGGUUAUAACAUGUUAAUUCGGGGUUAUAACAUGUUAA